AUGGACAGCACGGCCGCCGCCUUCGCCCUGGACCCGCCGGCGCCCGGCCCGGGGCCCCCGCCCGCACCCGGCGACUGCGCCCAGGCCCGCAAGAACUUCUCGGUGAGCCACCUUCUGGACCUGGAGGAGGUGGCGGCGGCCGGGCGCAGGGCUGCGGGGCCGGUGGCGGGGCCCGAGGCGCGGGAGGGAGCGGCGCGGGAGCCGUCCGGGGGCAGCAGCGGCAGCGAGGCGGCGCCGCAGGACGGUGACUGUCCCAGCCCGGGCCGUGGCCAUGCCACCAAACGAAAGAAGAAGCAGCGACGGAACCGAACCACGUUCAACAGCAGCCAGCUCCAGGCACUGGAGAGAGUGUUCGAGCGCACGCACUACCCCGACGCCUUUGUGCGUGAGGAGCUGGCCCGGCGUGUCAACCUCAGCGAGGCGCGUGUCCAGGUCUGGUUCCAGAACCGCCGUGCCAAGUUUCGCCGGAAUGAACGUGCCAUGCUGGCCACCCGCUCUGCCUCGCUGCUCAAGUCCUAUGGCCAGGAGGCCGCCAUUGAGCAGCCUGUGGCCCCCCGACCUACUGCGCUGAGCCCGGAUUAUCUGUCUUGGCCAGCAUCAUCCCCCUACAGCUCUGUGCCUCCCUACAGCCCCGGAGGUUCAAGUCCUGCGACCCCCGGGGUCAACAUGGCCAACAGCAUUGCCAGCCUGCGUCUCAAGGCCAAGGAGUUCAGCCUCCACCACAGCCAGGUGCCCACAGUGAACUGACAGUGUGCGCUGGGCCCAGCCUCCUCCUGACCCAGUGACAGACAGCAGCAAUGGAAGUGCCCAGAGGGCCUGGGCAGCCUCUCCUGUGCCUUCUCUCCAUCCCAGCUUCCUGAGUUCCGGAGGCCGGCUGGGUACCGGAAGUGCCUACGGUGGCUGAGGUUGUGGCCUGAGGUCCCUGGAGUGGCCUGGCCAGAAGGUGGAACAGGAGUCCGCCAAGGAACUCACUUAUGUAUUAAAACCAAAAAGCUUUUGUCUUUAAGGAAUAAAACCAUUUUUCUUAAGCUCCUCGAGACUUCAGAAGGGCACGACGGGUGCUCCCAGAGGGUGCCAGCACCUGGCUGCCUGGGUCACAGCCCUCCUGGUGGGUAGCAGUUUGAAGGUGGCAUCGGGCCUGGACUGGCUGAUACAGCAGCUUCAGUGAGGCUCACCGCCACCUCACCUGUACGGUUCUUGGGGGGUGGUGCUGUCACCGCACGGGGUCCCCAGAAGGGAGAAGGGCAGAAGGCAGAACCUGCUCCAGGUUCACUUCCAUUCUGAGGCCCAUGGGGACACCUGGAGGCUCUG